GGGCCGCUGUAUUGUAGUAGUAGGCUAUAUAAUGCCAAGUUUUUGCAGUCUCUCUUUGAGGGAGAAAAAAAAGGUAGCCACAGUGUGAUAUAUGGACAAAUGAAAGCAGCUUAAACUAUGUAAACAGUGUAAUCUUUGGGCCGGAUUUGUAAUGCCCUGCGAUGGGUGACUGAUUGCAGUGCAGUGUGUACCUGCGCUCGCCAUGUGUUUGCUGAUGACCCAUGGAAACAGCUUGACUUCAGCUCUUAUCUUGUGUACGUGUAGAGCAGAUGCAACAUACUUGGAAGAGCGAGUUAAGUUAAUUGACUGAAUUAUUAAUUAUUGUUUUAAGCAUGCAUGUCUAUUGAAGAUACCUCAGGGUGAGAAUAAUGGUGCUUAGUAUAUUGAAAUAACAUGAUGUCAAAACUAAAGGUUUGCGGGAUAUUUUUACUAUAUACACAAAUAUCUAGUUUUCAGCAGGAAUUUAAAACUCUGUGGUAAUAAUAAAAGUUAGAGUGCAUAACUAUAUUAUGUCGCCAAAAAUCUCUGAAACGAACUUUAAGGAAGUUGCACACACCAGACAACACUGCUCACGCGAUGUUAAUUGCAAACAUUUUUGGGUAGUGCGUCGAUAAAGCACAACAAGUAACUAUUAUAUAGAAUAUCAUUUUAUUACAUAAGUACAAAUGACAAAUAUGUCACAAAAAUGUUAGUGUUUUCUUUAAGUCUUUUAGAAAAUUGACUUGAGGCCAACUGCUAAUGGUGUCAAAUUAGUUUGUAUGGCGAGACUGCAUCUCGCCUACAUUGAAAUGUUUCACAAGUAAGGAUAAGUUAAAAUAUCCUUUAAAAGCUGACAUUUCUGCAAAGAUGCAGAAUAGUAGCCAAAUGAAGAACGGCCCAUUCCGUGGCUUUGUAAAAUUCCAAUUAAUCAAUCAAACUAGAUGAUGCAAGACUGGCAGCGGUGACCAUCAUCAGUUUUGUUCUGUGGUUUUGUUUGAACUAGAUUGAGGCAGAGGACAAUAGAGUCCUUUCUGUAAGUCUCCACUCUCCUCCAGUUGUUUGUGAAAGCUGAGCAGGACAUUUAAACGUGUUCUUGUUAUAUAACGAUGCCAUCUGAAAAAGAGUGCAAACUGCCAAACGCAAGAACCACAAAAUUUCCCUCUGGAACAAGCUGUAUCAGGGACCAUGAACUCACAAACGAGGCCAAAAAAAGUGUAGAAAAAGUAUGGCAAUAUCUGUUAUUUCAUUUCGAACAUAUCUAAAACAUAAAGUGGCUGUCUCACAAAAAGAAAUAAAUAGAAAUAAUAAAGAAAGAAAGAAAACACUUUUGCGCUUUACAGGUAACUUGAUUCCCGCUGAGGCAUAUUGCACUGGCUGGUUGACUGGAAAACCCAUGAGGGAAACUCUAUCAUGAGAUCCCUUAGAGGAAGGAAUCCCUUAAAAAGAACAAAUGUCCCCUUUCUUUUAUUGACGCAUUUCUGUUACAAAACAGGUGUGCGUGUGUGUGUGUGUCGGGGUGGAGGGAUGAAACAUACCCUUUUCUGAAGGAAGUUGCUUUUGAAAAGGAAGAAUUGCAGAAAUCACCAAGGUGAGUACUGACCGAGAAUGGAGUGUGUGAACUGUGUUGUGAAUGUGGCACGCCUUGGGGGCCAGGCUAGACCUGAAAAACCAGCUACCGCUUUCAGUCCAGAGAGCUCUGAUAUUGCAUGUCGUGUCUAUCUCUCUGCCAAGGGCUGAAACCAUCCCUCGCUUUCAACUUCUUCAGUUGAUAAUCACGCCUGAAGUGGACAUCCAGUCAUUUCACCUGUUCAGACUCAUUUCAGACGGGUUUCCAUUGUGUUUGUAAAUCCCAGCUCUGCUAGCGGCAGCGUGUGUGUGAGGGAAGGAGCGUGGACUAUGCUCGCUUCAGUCAACUGAAGGAGGGGGAGUGGAGGAAUUGAUACUGUGGAGAGAGAACUCCACGACGGGGAACUGAUCGUACAGGACAAAUCUAAAGAUGCAAAGGGCUGCUACAACAUCCGUGACCCAGUCCACAACCACACAGAACACCACAGUCGUCACCAAGUCUAGAGAACAAAUCCUCACGCAGAGCUCAGGAGCCAUGAUAGCUGUAAUCGUCAUUGGUAUAAUCAUCAUUCUCACAUUUUUGCUGAUAAUCCUCAAGACAUACAACAGGAGGACUCAUACGAAACGGAUGCUGGCUGUAGGCUCCAGCAAACCACGAAAGAAGGUGUCCUCAACUACCACAAACACAAACCUGGCCAUGAGCAACGUGGGUGCGAACUCAGUCUCUGGAAGCUUUGUGCAGAUUAAUGCAUCCUCAGAGAACGGGUACCGCAUCCCUCGGGUCGACCUGGCAAAUGUGGAUCGGAGUAAUGGGGAGCAUUUAAGCACCAACAGCAGCUCAACUAUUGUGACGAUACAUGACAUGCCAUCAGUAGAUAACACAUAGAAGACAUUGGACUCACACGUGCAAAGAUAUUAACAUACCAACAUGAACAAAGAACCAGUGGAAGAGGCCCGGUCAUGCCUGAGCACCCGCCAUUAACCGAACAUUCACUGCCCGUUUGGGAUUUUAUGGAACUUUGAUAUAAGUCCACUUUAAAAAACCUGUAUAUGAUAUUGAAGUACCCGAGGAACAAUUCAAACAAGUGUCCUAUCACUUGACAUGAUUAUAGUUUUAUUUUUAGCACUGGAUUUGGUGAUGAAAUGUAGGUUAAAACGUAUUUUACUGCCUUGAGCUGAAAACUGUUGGUGGGAGCCAGAAUUCAGUUAGAGAUGUCCGUCAAUUUAACUUGUGUAUUACCUUGACAUUUGCACUCUAAUAGUGAGGUACAUCAGAAAAGAUUGUUCAAACAAUAUACUCUAUAUAUAUUUUACAUUUAUGCAUUUGACAGACGCUGAUUCAUUAAAAGUAUAGAUUUUGUUUAUACAGUCCCUGGGGCUCAAACCUAUGCCCUUGACAUUCCUAGUGAUUUUAGAGGUCCAGCCUAAAAUGCUAUUGGGUGAGCUGGGAACAGACUCUGAGGUGUUACAUUGUGAGCUGGUGUUAAUUACAUCUUUAGAUGUCCAGGCAUUUCCUGCAUGAAACAACCACAAUGCACUAGUAAAUGCUCUUUUUAAAGGAGUCAGUUGAAAAGAUUUCAUUCUCACUGAACUUGCUUGAGAGUUGAGGUUUGAAUCAGACUCAGUCAGUGAAUCUUUCAGAAAUACUACAGAGUUUGAAGCUGAUUACAUCACUGAAUAAUGAAUCAUUUAUCAGUCAAAAGUAAAAUAAACCAGGAACCAGUGUUUUUUUUUUUUUUUAAACAGUUUUAUUCUAAUAAAUAUUAUUCUAAAAGAUUUUCAAAUAUAUAUAAAAUAAAAUAUAGGUCAAGAUAAGAUGAACUGUAAUGUUGACUCAUUACAAUGAACUGUUUUGACCCGAUGACUCCAUUGUAAUCACAUUGACCGGCACAUAUACAAUUAGAAUCACUACAAUGACCAUCAAAUGAGAACUACUAAACUACUUUUGUAAUUUGUCAACCAAAAAAAGUGAUUUGAUUUCCAAAGAUGGCUUAAUUGUAGGAGCCAAUGUCUAUCAUUUGUCAAUUCUUAGUCUGAAACUUUGUUUAAAAUAAUGCAAAAAACAUCUACUUUCCUCUCAAGCAAUCCAGACAUCUCCAGAAGUAACCUCAAGAAAAUUUAUUCACAAUCUGCAACAAAACUAAAGUAUUGCAUAAGAAUACAAGAAAAAGAAAGAAGAAAAAUACAGCAGCGCUUGAUUAUAUAAACAUGUAGAAACAUUUUUUUCUGUGAACACAGUUAUACCAAGCUCUCUGGCUAAUGUUCUAGUGCAACAUCUCAACAAAAACACUCAGGCACAAGAAACUUUUUCUCGAGGAGAUCAACUCACAUUUUGCAUGAGAAAAGACAUUUACAGCUAGAAAGAAAAGAUGCAAGAACACAUACUUGAGUACUACUCCAAGGCAACCAUGUCGAGAAGAUCAGUCUUUUCAAUGCAACAGUGUCUUUAUUAGACCUAUGAUAGUGUCUUGUCUUAUUGUUUAAUAUCAAGUGCAAAAGUGAAUUCAAAGUAAUGGAUACUGAAUGUAAAUGAUUAUUAAAAGCUUCCUGAACAGA